AGUAUUCUGGAACGGCUGCGGCUAGUCCAUAUUGUCAAUAACCCUGUCGGUGUAAUUGUUAGUUGUGGAAAAGAACAAAAGAUGGUGACAAUUUCGCUCACGAACGAAACCAUAGAAAGCGCAAACGGGAGGAGCAGAAACACAAAUUCAUCUGCCACCAGUAGCAAUCCAUCGGACAAGAAAAUUGUUGAAAUAUUAAACACUACAAGAGGUCCAGCCUCCGUUCUGAACAGGAAAGAAUACGAAAAACGACUGUUGACUUUCAGUGCGUCGACGUAUUACGCUAAACCGCCCUCUCUUUCUCCGCUCUUUUGUGCAAGAUUCGGGUAAGUAAUAAAUAUUAUUCAAGAGCCAUGAAUGCGAAUUCGAAUCAAACGCAGGAACAACUAUCGAUGACAUCCGAUGACUGAGUGAUCCAUAUUCCGGAAAGAAAAUAUGUGAUUUCAAAAAUUUCUCUUAAGAGAUUGCCACAUAUUUAACCAGCGCUUUCUUUUAGUUCAUCCACGAAGAAAAGCGGUCAAUACUAUCCAAAAAUAUAACCACGACAAAGCUGUUGCCUUUAUGUAAUGCGAUGGUGAAUUUUUGUCGUGUAAAGUUCCGAUUCUGACUUUGGUUUGUCUCGAGCAUCGUAGAAACUAUAAGCUACACACGGACCUACACUUGGAGAUUAAGAUGAAUCGAGAGCGAUAGAUCGUUCAACGUUCUUCGCUCGUCGCAACAGAUCACAAUUCUCAUUAAAUUUCUUUUGUCUGUUUAUUUUCCUUUCGUUUCGUUACGAUUCAUCGUAAACCAACGGAUUCGUUACAGCUGGGAAAAUGUCGACAAAGACAUGCUCGUUUGCUCAUCGUGCGGUGCGGCCCUCGCAAUAACCCUCAAUUCGAAACUAUCGGCUAAAACCUUCGAUAAACUUUGCCACGCCUACCGCACUAAAAUUGUAUGCAAUCACGACACCAAUUGCCCCUUUCGAUUGUCGUCCGUCGAUGAGCUUCAUUCUCUCGAAUCUUCUGAAGAACUGGACUCUGUAGAGGUAGAAAAUGAUGAAGAUGAUUCGGAACAUGCAUCGCUUGACGUACCUGUGUACAUGGGACAAGUUUUACCAGAGGACUCCGUUAGACUUCUGGAGUGCUAUAGACCUGCUAAAAUUAUGAAGCAAAAAUCGAAAGUGUUGAUUGACGCUAUACGCUCUCUUUCGUGCGCUACUAAUAUUGGUACUACGGAUGAAAAUGGAAACGGGGCAGGAGAUGAUAGAAAUACCUGGGGAUAUCCUCGCCUUCAAAUCCCAACUAAGAUUCGACAAAUAGAUUCUGAUUCAAAACUAACGAAAGCAUUGGGGUGUGGCGAUAUUUCAAUUUUGGCCUUAACGUUGCUCGGGUGGAAUCCAAUUCCAAACAAGACUGGAAAAAAAUCGGCAGGUACUGUCUCCCUGGGUUGUCCCUUCUGCUUGUCCAUCAUGACAGUUAACCCGGAACAUCAACAACAACAACAACCACAACAACUGCAAGAAGAAUUGGAAGGCAGUGACAACAGCGAUGCACGUCAAUCAGAUCGCACAACUAAAAGACAGCGAAUGUCUUGUCGGAAUUUAAAUCCUCUCGAAGCACACCGGCACUACUGUCCUUACAAAGUUGGCUUUCCGAAGAAAUCCUCAGACUCGAACCCUGUUUGGAAAAUUAUUUUAGAACGGCUUCGUAAAGAAUGCCAUGAAAAUGACGUACAUAAAUGCACUAAGAUCAGGGAAGAAGCAACGGGCGUUCCUGCGACUGGCUUCGAUAAAUCUAUUGAGAAAGUACGAAGAAUUUUGCGUGCUGGGAUUGCACCAAAAGAAAUAGAUCUGAACGCUUGAUUGCCGCACACGACCCCAACUGCUUGUGUUCGCCUCUGAAAAUUGCAAUGCGCAAGGUAACGAAGUUGUUUUUUGUAGCCCUUGAUUCUUCUUCUCAAAUUAUUUUACCAUGGAGGAGAAAAUCAUUUUUGUACAUUAGCUGAAGAAACACAGUAACAUGAGAUAUACUAUUGAUUCAUUUUGCUGUAUUAACUUAUUCUGCAUUGAUGAUCUGUCAGGCCGAUUUUGCGCACUCUUCAUGCCCGAAAUCCAUUCAAUUAGAUGAAGUGGGAUUACUGAUUUUGAGUAGUUUGAAUAAAGCUGCCGCCUCGCGUAUUCUCGAAAAUUCGAUGCAGAAGGCUUGGACUUCAUAGUAUAUGUCGGCAACAUCAACAAUUCGAUUCCGGAGCAAACUCUGGAUGAAGACGCACACUAGACGAACCAAACGAUUCUGUGCAUGCCUGUCAGGCAUGUUCUCGCAGCUCGCAAUGCAGCUCGAUAUGAAUAAAUUGAUAUAUUCAGGGUGUAGAACGGGUUCCUGAUCUUGAUUCUUAUUGUGAUGACUCCCUACUUCUUUGAGUGCCGCGGCCGUACCGUUACCGGUGUGAACAUGGUUGUGCGUAGCCAAUCGAUUCACAACUUCCAUGCUAUGUAGGGACAUGUCCAUUCCCACUAGUGCCGAUAGAUAUUCGUUCUUUACAUUUUCGGGAGAGUGCUGUAAAAUGACGAGUAAGCAUUCAUGUGCAAUGAGAGGAUUAUGCUCGACAAGUCGAGGUAAGUUUUGCGGUGUCAGACCUGAUUCCUGAACUAGUUGAAUCCGAGAUUCCUCCUCUCUCCUCCCGGAACUGUGUUGCGCAUUUGUAUUUGAAUUACUAGAGCUACUUCCCUUGUUCUUAUUACCGCGGUUGCGGCGUUGUUUUGAAGAGCCUUGCGGUUGCUGCUUCAGAUCCUGUUUUUGUUCUUGUUUCGAAGCAUUUAACAGCUCCAAUACCGUUCGCUGAUCGCUUGGAGUCAGAGUCGUGUCAAAUGCUUGUGUUUGGAUUAAUUUGAGUACAUUGCGAUAUUCUUCGGUAGAUACUUUAUCUCCCUCCUCUCCCGGCAAUAGCAUCAGACGCAAUGUUGUUGGAGUGAGCCACAAAAGCUCGGCCUGCACAAAGUCAAAAAGGUCAUUUUUACCUUUCUCAUUGUAUUGCUCUUCAUCAUCAUCAUCUUCGUAAGCAGUUACUGGCAAAAGAGGCGGUGGCACAGGACGAGCAAAUGGUGAACAAACACUAGGAAGUGGCCCAUAUAAUUCCUCAUUUGACACGGUCUUGCAGUCUCCUUUUCUUUCUUCUUGAAGUAACAAUCGCUCCAAGUCUUGUUGUUCUGAUUCCCUUUUUGCCCAUACUAACGGGCUUGUGUAUCCAUUGUCAUCAUAGACUGUUGUCCAUUGUUUGAUUGUAUCCUCGAGAUCCUUUUGAGUUUCUGGCGACAUGACUUCUUCGGGAUUCUUCUUGUUCGUAGCCGCAAUCAGAGCUUGGUGCUUUUCUUUCCCCAUGAUGAUGGGAAGAAAUGAUUCUACUAAAUCCAAUAAGCACUCUCGUUCAACAAAUGAAUCUCGCCCUUCACUUUCAUUCGUCCCAUUCCCGCCGUUGUAGUUUUCUUCUACUUUUAAGUCAUGCAAUAUCGCAAGAGUAUCUUUGACCAGUAUGGGCAAAAAGGGAGAAUCAAUGCAUGGCAUGCCG